GAGCACAGAGAGAGCGAGUGGUGUCAGCACAGCGGCGGCUCCGGCACAGGGAAGAAUCAAUUGGAAUACGCGUUGGGCUGUGUUAUACCUUUUCGGCUUUCGGGAAUACUUUCAUUUUCCUCUCAGAAGAUAUGAGACGAGUUGUACGGCAGAGCAAAUUCCGUCACGUCUUUGGCCAGGCGGUGAAGAAUGACCAAUGCUACGAUGAUAUCCGGGUUUCAAGGGUCACAUGGGACAGCAGCUUCUGUGCAGUCAAUCCCAAAUUUGUUGCCCUAAUCAUUGAGGCCAGUGGUGGCGGAGCCUUCCUUGUUCUCCCUCUUCACAAGACGGGACGCAUUGACAAAUCCUACCCUACAGUGUGUGGUCACACAGGCCCGGUGUUAGACAUUGACUGGUGCCCCCACAAUGAUCAGGUCAUUGCCAGCGGCUCUGAGGACUGCACAGUGAUGGUGUGGCAGAUUCCUGAGAAUGGCCUCGUCACUUCCAUGUCUGAGCCAGUGGUGGUACUGGAGGGCCACUCCAAGCGCGUUGGCAUCAUCACAUGGCAUCCAACAGCACGCAAUGUCCUUCUUAGUGCAGGUUGUGACAACCAGAUCAUCAUCUGGAACGUGGGCACAGGUGAGGCCAUGAUCACCCUGGAGGACAUGCACCCCGAUGUCAUUUACAACGUGUGCUGGAACCGCAACGGUAGCCUCAUCUGCACCUCCUGCAAGGACAAGUCCAUCCGUGUCAUCGACCCUCGCAAGGAGACGAUUGUAGCUGAGAAGGAGAAGGCACAUGAGGGUGCUCGACCCAUGAGGGCCAUCUUCUUGUCUGAUGGCAACGUCCUCACCACAGGUUUCAGCCGCAUGAGUGAGAGACAGCUAGCCCUCUGGAACACGCAAAACAUGGAGGAGCCCAUGACCGUUAAUGAGAUGGACACCAGCAACGGAGUGCUCUUGCCAUUCUAUGACCCAGACACCAACGUUGUUUACCUCUGUGGGAAGGGUGACAGCAGCAUCCGUUACUUUGAAAUCACAGAUGAGGCUCCAUAUGUUCACUUCCUCAACACCUUUGCCUCCAAGGAGCCACAGAGGGGCAUGGGCUACAUGCCCAAGAGGGGCCUUGAUGUCAAUAAGUGCGAAAUUGCGAGGUUCUAUAAACUGCAUGAAAGGAAGUGUGAACCGAUUGUGAUGACUGUGCCUAGAAAGUCGGACCUGUUCCAGGACGACUUGUACCCGGACACAGCCGGACCAGAUCCUGCCCUGGAGGCUGAGGAGUGGUUUGAGGGCAAGAACGGAGACCCCAUACUCAUCUCCCUCAAGAACGGCUACGUCCCGGGCAAGAACCGUGAGUUCAAAGUGGUCAAAAAGAACAUUUUGGACAACAAAGUGACCAAGAAGACAGAGAACUCAAGCCCUGCCAACAAGUCUGCCUCCCCAACUCCAUCGAUUAAAUCUGAAGCCAAGCUGGAGGAGAUCUUGAAAGAAAUCAAAUCCCUCAAGGACCUGGUCAGCAGUCAGGAGAAGCGAAUCAUCAAACUUGAAGAGCAAAUGUCCAAAAUUGCCAUUUAAUGACCCUUUACCCAACCCGCUACAAUUCAGGACGUUCCAUUGGCUGGGGGUUGGGCGGGACCGGUCACUGCCUAUCUCAUUGACAGUGUUUCAUCUGAGUCCUGCCCAGCAAUGAUCCCUAGCAACAUUCCAGAUGAACUUUUUCUUAGCCAGCCCCCGACCCUCAGUUUAACACAGGUGGAAUAAGGACGUGUGGCAAAUUUAGCAGAAAACACUCUUGCUUUUUGGUGACAAAGGACUCUACUCCUUUUAUUCUGUGGCAGUCUUUUUUUAUUUUGUCUACUUGUAUAAAAAGGUCUUACAUAAUUCUUUUUGUUUUAGAAUAAUGACCAAGAAAACUCCAAUGUCAGCGGUUCCCAUUAACUGUUGUAUGCCCAAAUAUUUUUUUUUAAGUAGGUAUCAGUGUUUCAUACCCCAAAAUUAUAAUGUUGCCAAAAUUUAAUAUUUGUUUACAUCUCCUUAACAGUAUUUCUUUCUCUCUCUCUCUCGGGAAUAUUCAAAAUGCAAACAGGGAAGCUCAGUGCAGUAGACUGGUUAUACGAGGAGAAGAAUUUCAUCAAUAAUUUACUUUGAAAUUAAAAUGAUUUAAAUCCCUCUGAGAGCAAGAUUGAUAUUCCAAUCCCCUGUAAGGACAUAAAUUCUGAUUGAACUCUGAGACAUAUUUAGCUGCCACAGUCUACACCAAGCACUCAAGAUAAAUCAUAUAUGACAAAUUCUUGCUGUCUGUGUUGAAGCUGCACAAAUCAAUGCCUGCUUUCCUUUCAUUCCUGUUGCUUUCCAUCAUUCUGACUGUGGACACAAUAGUCCGUGUAAACUUGCAUUCCUUUCUAUCUUGCUUCAUUAACAUGCACCGUGUGGUUAUUGGGGAAAAGGACAAAUACAUUCCACACAUCUGACUGAUUGGCACUUCUUGGUGUGGGGAAAAAGAUCCUUCCUAAAACAUUCCUCUUUCUGUAAACACUCUACUGUAGUGACUCAGUUACACUGGUUGGUUGUCAUCGUGACGUUUUCCCGUGGAAAGACCAACUUUGUGGAUUUUUGACCUGCCUGCAGAAAAAAAACUUGUCUGUCAGCCCUGUUUUGUUUUUGUGAGAGGUUCAGUCACCAACCUCAGUGUUUAGUUUUCACGGGUUAGCUCAACAUACAAGUGUAGUCAAGUGUAGUGAGAUUAUUUUUUGUCACUGCUCCUUUGCAUUAUAUGCCAUCUGUAUUUUCUGUACAAACCAAACAGGAAUUGUUAUGAAAUGACACCAAGUAAUCACACAUUGACUUGACUAUUUAAAACCAUCUGGUGAUAAAACUGGAGAUUGCUACAGAAACUGUUUGUGGUCGACCUUUAAGGCCUAGAUUGUGUGUGAAAACGUGCCUCGUGUCUUUGGCCUUUUUGGUACCUGUCACUAUGGAUGUUCCUGCUUUGUUUCUUCUUGGGGGAGAGGUGGUGGUAUGAACUGGACUCACAGUAGAUCGUCCAAGACUUGCCUCUAACCUGGAUGAACUGAACAGUCCGCUGUCAAUUUUAGCCUGUUUCUUGUUCUAGCUGUGCUUAUAUCCCUCUUAGCACUUCCACUUGUUGGUUUUUUAAUGGUUAUUUCUCAGAUGCCCCCAUUCAGUGUAGUUAUUACAAAAAUAAUGAACCGUUGAAUUGUCUGAUCUGAGCUGUUUUUGCUAUGAUAAAAGCUCUAUUCUCUUUAUGUUGUAGAUUUGUUUCCCAGUGGGAAGCUGAGACGGGUAAUGGUUCAGUCUGUUAUUUGCCUUCAACAAUUGUUACCACUGUAAAGACCUGAAAGUGCCAUAGAGGUGACCAUGGAAGUGUUUGUAGGGGACUGUUGUGUGAGUAGAUUUGUGUAGUAAAUGGAAGAGUUGAUAGGUGCCCGGAUUUUAAACCACUUUGAGGUGCUAUACUUGGUGCAAACACUAUGUUCAAAGGACCCUGUUUCUAAAAUACUGCACGUGAGCCACCUGGAUGACAUCAUGAAGUCCUGCCAACCCAUCCCGCAAUACACCAGGCACCAUUACUGGUCAGGGGUUUGUUAGAGGCAUUGUGUCCCUGACAUUUUGACACUUUCCAUCUCGGUACGGGUAUUCAAAACACCAUAUUAAGAAAAAAAAAGAAAAAAAAAAAAAAAAGAUGUCAAACCGAAAAGCUGUUGACUGAACGCACAGCUUUCAGAGUCAUCGUGGCUUCAAGAUGCAACGUGAGCAGUGAGUCUUAGAACAUUAGUGAUGGGAAAUCUGCAGGAAUGUGCAUCUGACACAGAUUAUACUGCCCUAUCUUGUAUAUCAGACUGCCGCUCUAUGGAUUCUUUAUAGCACUGUUGGCACGAGAGCUAAGUUUUGAGGAGUAGUAGUGAAUAGCGAUCCAAAGGGACACUGUAGGCUGGAGAAAUGUGCAGUUGAAAGAUAGAUGUAUGUUUGUAAUUAAGGUUUAGAAAAAUGAGUGAACGCUGUGUAAAUAACAAGACCAUAUUUUCUGUAUUUUUUUUUUUUUUUUCUAUUUCAUUUUUGUUUUGUGGUUGUGCUGAAGAGGGUAUUUGGAAGGGAGGUGGGUUAUAAAUGUUUCCCCUUGUCUGUGUUCCCUGCACCUUGCCAUAAUGCAUCACGAGACAACGGAACCUCUGUUGUAUUGGAGGUCGUAUGAAUAUCAAGAAAGAAAAUAAGACAAAAACAAACCAGGAUGAAGCCUCAUGUGGAGGUCUGCGCAGCAUUUUCUGUUCAUUAUUCUUGCUUCAAGUAUCAAACAUUGAUUAUAAGAAAAAUUAAUAAAGAAUUUUUAAAAUGG